AUGGACUCCAUCACACGCCUCUCGCAAAAGAUCCUCGCCGAGCGAGCUCGCAAUGGAACACAGCCAAACCAGACGCCUUCGACCGCUCCACCUCCCUACAGCGAAUCAGACAUGGACUCCGACGACGAAGACUCCGACGAUGAGUCUUCCCCUCCUGUCAAGCUCAUCGUCAACGCCGCACACAGCAUCCAAGGAUCCGGGAACCUUGUCCCAACGUCCGCGACGCCGUUGGCGGAUGCGACCAAGUUCAGCACGUUGCUGCUACAUGCCGUCAAUCAGAUCAACGCGGUGAACAACAAGUCGUCGACAUCAGCUACACCUACAUGUCGACGUCCUCUCAAGGUCGACUUGACGAUCAACUGCGGCGUUACCGUUGUGGGUGAUAGGAAUGUCAUUGGGAAUGUGGGCUUGAAGCCCAAGGCACCGAACGGGGUUGUUGCACCUGCACUCCCUGCGACAGCGACGGCGGCCACGACAGCAUCUACUGCUGCUGUUGCGGGCGCGAAGAGAAAGUCAGAGGAGCCGGAUGCUGGAGAGGAGCCAGCGGCUAAGAAGGUCGCUACCACUGGCGACGGAGGCGGCAACUGA